AUGACCCUGUGCAACAACAUAAUCGUUCCCCUGGACGGGUCGAAAUUGUCGGCUCAGGCGCUUCCGGCAGCCCGGCUGAUGGCCAACGCGACCCAUGCGCCGAUAACGCUGGCGCGGUCUUUCGGGUCCCUACCGGACUGGUAUGCCGACGCCGACCACGGCCGUUUCAGCGCGGCGAUGGCCGCCGGCGAGCAUGACCGUACCGUGGCCGAUCUGUCGUGCAUCAGGCGGCGCAUGCAGGAUUGGGGCGUGCAGACCCCGGUUUUCGUCGAAGCCCACCAAAUGCCGGCCCACGAGGCAAUCAUAGACAUGGCCAAUCGCGACCCGAACGCGCUGAUCGUCAUGUCAACGCACGGUCGCAGCGGUUUUUCCCGCAUGCUGACCGGCAGCGUGACGGCCAAGGUGGUGAACGCGGUCCGGAACCCGACGCUGAUCGUGCGCUGCAACAAGACCGACUGCCCGGUGGUACCGCAGUUCUUCGAGAACAUCAUCGUCCCGCUGGACGGGACCGGCUUUGCCGAGCAUGCCCUGGACUAUGCUGGCGAACUGGCCACCACCUUUGGCACGCGGAUCACCCUGUUCCGUUCCACGCCGGGCGCGGACUAUUUCCGUACAAAUUCCGACUGGGGACAUUUCGGCGGGCCGGGGUUCGCUUACAACGACCCGGGAGAGAUGGCCAAAGAUCUGGCCCAUGCCUCGGAAGAGUACCUGUGGAAAAAGGCGGAUGCGUUGCGCGCCCGGUUCCCGCUGUUCGACGUGGACGUGGUGAACUCGCGGGAAAACCCGCAUCACGGCAUUGUCCAACUGGCGAGCAAGCUGGACAACGGGCUGGUGGUGAUGGCGACCAAGGGUCGUCGCGCCGUGGGGCGGGCGCUGUUCGGCAGCGUGGGUGACCACGUGGUGCGGCAUUCGCCGACUCCCACCCUGCUGGUUCGGGGGCCACUGCACGCUGCGGGCGGAGCAUUCGCCCGCAAGGCCCACGCCGAGGAUCGCGAGUUGGCCGCGGUGUAA